AUGGCAGAGCUGGAGGGCCCUGAGGUGGGCAAAGCUGAUUUUGUCCUCCUGGAUGAGGUGACGAUGGAACAGUUCCUGGAGAACCUGCGCCUGAGGUUCUCUGAGGGCCGCAUCUACACCUACAUCGGGGAGGUGGUGGUGGCCAUCAACCCGUACCGGGCACUGCCUCUCUACGGGCCGCCUGUGGUGGAGCGGUACCGGGGCCGUGAGCUCUACGAGCGCCCUCCGCACCUCUACGCCCUGGCCGACGCCGCAUACAAGGCCAUGAAGCGCCGUGCCAAGGACACCUGCAUCGUCAUCUCAGGUGAGAGUGGGGCAGGCAAGACAGAGGCCAGCAAGUACAUCAUGCAGUACAUCGCUGCCAUCACCAACCCCAGCCAGCGUGCAGAGGUCGAGAGGGUGAAGAACGUGCUGCUCAAGUCCAACUGCGUGCUGGAGGCCUUUGGCAAUGCCAAAACCAAGCGCAACGACAACUCCAGCCGCUUCGGCCGCUACAUGGACAUCAACUUCGACUUCAAGGGGGACCCCACUGGUGGCCACAUCCACAACUACCUCCUGGAGAAGUCCCGAGUCCUCCAGCAGCAGCCAGGAGAGAGGAACUUUCAUGCAUUCUAUCAGCUGCUGCUGGGAGCCCCCGAGGCGCUGCUGACCUCACUGCACCUCCAGCGCGACCCUGGCACCUACCACUACACCCAGGGGACCACCAUGGGCACUGCCUGCAGGGAUGACGUGGCUGGCUACCACGCAGUGGAGGAGGCCAUGGCCACCAUCGGCUUCUCCCCGGAGGAGGUUGGAUCCCUGCACCGCAUCCUGGCCACCAUCCUGCUCCUGGGCAAUGUGGAGUUCACGGCAGAGGGUGAGGUGGCAGCGGUGGCAGACGCAGGGCAGGUGCUGGCGCUGGCAGAGCUGACAGCCACAGCCCCAGGCACCCUGCGCCAGGCCCUGCUGAGCCGUACCGUGGCAGCUGGCGGCGGAGAACUCAUCCAGAAGUGCCACAGCCCCAAGGAGGCUGCCUACGCCCGGGACGCCUGUGCCAAGGCCAUCUACGAGCGGCUGUUCUGCUGGCUCGUGGGACGCAUCAAUACCAGCAUUGCCACCCGGGACUAUGACGUGCGCCAGCAUGGCAAGGGCACUGUCAUCGGCGUCCUUGACAUCUAUGGCUUUGAGAUCUUUGACACCAACAGCUUUGAGCAGUUCUGCAUCAACUACUGCAACGAGAAGCUGCAGCAGCUCUUCAUUGAGCUGAUCCUGAGGCAGGAGCAGGCUGAGUACCAGCGGGAGGGCAUCACCUGGCAGAGCAUCGAGUACUUCAGCAACGAGCCCAUCGUGGAGCUAGUGGAGCAGCCCCACCGCGGCAUCCUGGCACUGCUGGACGAGGCCUGCCUGGCCGUGGGCACCAUCACCGAUGCCCUCUUCCUGGCCUCGAUGGAUGCCCGCCUUGGCCACCACCCCCACUACACCAGCCGCAAGCUCUGCCCCACAGACAAGACCCUGGAGUUCGACCGAGACUUCCGCAUCAAGCACUACGCUGGAGACGUCACGUACUCAGUGGAGGGUUUCCUGGACAAGAACAAGGACACGCUCUUCCAGGACUUCAAACGCCUCUUCUACAACAGUGCGGACCCCGUGCUGCGUGCCAUGUGGCCCGAGGGCGAGCAGAGCAUCACCGAGGUCACCAAGCGCCCACUGACCACUGCCACGCUCUUCAAGAACUCCAUUGUGGCCCUGGUGGAGAACCUUGCCUCUAAGGAGCCCUACUACGUGCGCUGCAUCAAACCCAACGACCAAAAGUCGCCAACGCUCUUCGACCAGGAGCUCUGCCGCCACCAGGUCUGCUACCUGGGGCUGCUGGAGAACGUCCGCGUGCGCCGCGCUGGCUUCGCCUACCGCCAGCCCUACCACCGCUUCCUCCAGCGAUACAAGAUGACCUGUGAAUACACAUGGCCCAACCACCUGAUGGCCAGUGACCAGGAGGCCACCCAAGCCCUCCUGGAGCAGCAUGGCUUCCAGGGUGACGUGGCUUAUGGGCACACCAAGGUCUUCAUCCGCACGCCACACACCCUCUUCUGCCUUGAGCAGGAGCGGGCACAGCUCAUCCCCAUCAUUGUCCUGCUGCUGCAGAAGGCGUGGCGCGGUGCCCUGGCUCGCCGGCGCUGCCGGGCCCUGCGUGCUGCCUACACCAUCAUGGCCUGCUACAAGCGGCACAAGGUGAGAGCCUACCUGCGGGAGCUGCUCCAGCGCUUCCAGGCCGUCCGCAGCCUUCCCGACUUCGGCAAGAGCCUGCUGUGGCCGGAGCCGCCCGCGGUGCUGCAGCAAUUCCAGGAGGCCAGCCAGGGCCUCUUCCGCAGGUGGCGGGCAUGGCAGAUCAUCAAGAACAUUCCCCCCUCGGCCAUGGGCCAGAUCCGUGCCAAGGUGGCAGCCAUGGAGGCGCUGGGAGGGCUGCGCAAGGACUGGGGCUGCCAGCGUGCCUGGGCACGGGACUACCUCUCCUCGCUCGUGGAGAACCCAGGGCUGGCGCUGUCCUUCGCCCGCCGCCUCCAGACCCUCAAGGACAAGGUGCACUUUGGCUCUGUCCUCUUCUCCUGCCACGUCCGUAAGAUCAGCCGCUUCGGGAAGAGCCGGGACAGGGCCAUCCUGGUGACAGACCAGCACCUCUACAAGCUGGACCCCCAGAAGCAGUACCGGGUGAUGCGGGCAGUGCCCCUCAGCACUGUGACAGGGCUGAGUGUGACAAGCUGCCUGGCACAGCUGGUGGUGUUCCACACCCGAAGCCAGGAGGACCUGGCCGUGUGUCUCCACAAGAUGCAGCCGGCAGGGGACAACCGUGUGGGCGAGCUGGUGGGCAUCCUCCUGGAGCACUGCCGAGCGACCAAGCGGCAGCUGCAGGUCCGGGUCUCCGACCGCAUCCAGCUGAGCCUCCGCAGGCGCCGGCAGGUACUGACGGUGAAGACACAGCCGGAGGCGUCCAGCCCUGAUUUCGGCAAGAGCCACGACGGCUUCGUGCUUUACUGGCCCGGGAGAUGA